CUCCUCCGGGGCCGCGCUCCACUCUUUUGUUUGAGGACUGGUGUUGUGGGAAAGUGCGUGAAGGAGUGAGAGCGAGCUGCUUCUAACCGUGUUGAUGUUGUGGCUGUAGAGCUAGCUUUGUCCAUGACGUUGUAACUUGUUUAACGUUAGUUGUUGCCUUCGCUGGUGUAUCUUGCUAACAUCGAUGUUAGCAACUAGCCUGUCCGUGUAAAUGCUAUUCACUAGAAUGGACCUGUUGAACUCUCAGUUCCUGGACAAGAUGAACAAUAACAUCGGGAGAUUGCACUACGGAGAUGAGUCCAGGGCGCCUUCCCAGCCCACUGCUAUGUCCAAGAUAACUGGCCCUCCUCCACACUGCCCAAGCAAACGGAAGUAUGGCGAAGAACAAAUGGACGACCGAAUCAACUGUGACGAUGACCCCAUGACCAAAAUGAGCAGAUUGUUUGCCACUCAACUGGCCCGUCCCUCUGCUGGAGACAAUCGUAAUGAGCACUGGAGCCUGGGACACGCUCCUUCGGAGCACAUAACCUCGGCCCCCAACGGUCUCCACGGGAACCAUCUGUACGCUUCCAUUUCUAGCUACGCUGUAGACCAGCCUCUGGCACUGACCAAAAGCAGCCAGGACAUCGUCGUCGGGCCCAGAGAGCGGUCCGUCAUCAGUGGGGCUGUAGAGCGGCAGCAGAAUCGUCCCUCUGUUAUUACAUGUGCCCCUGCGAGCAACCGCAAUUGUAACCUCUCGCACUGCCACAUGAACGGCUGUUUCCCCGGCCCACCUACAAAUCUGAUGAAGACCAACGCCAACACAGAAUGUGACCCUGUCAUUGAGGAGCACUUCCGGCGCAGCCUCGGACAGAACUACAAGGAAGCGGAGGCCGUGUCCAACUUGGUGUCCAUCACUGGCUCGGUGGACGACCACUUCGCCAAGGCGCUGGGAGACACCUGGCUCCAGAUCAAGGCUAAGGACGGGGGUCGUCAAACCCCCGAAGCAGAUCCGUGAAGCCGAGGGGGGGGUAAACGUUCCAAUCGCUUCCGUAGAGUUUGCCUGUGAGAGUGGAGAUCAGCCCGCUGUCAUUCCUUGCCAAGCAUUUACUUCCCUCAGCAAAGAACAAUGUUUUAUAUGGUGCUCGCGUGGUGUUCCCUUGAGGACCUCAAGGCCUUUUUAUUGGAACACUCAGCUUAACUAAAACCGUAUUUCAGUGGUCGCGUACAUACAGGAAAUUUAGGACUUCUGCAUUUAACCCCAAUCCAACAUUCUUUUUAUCGAUAAAGAGAAAAGAGUUGGGUUGACAGUACUUGUGAUCUGUACAAUCAGAGAUUAGAUCUUGCAGUGAUUGUGAAGAUCCAUGAGUGUUCAGGAGUUCAUGUACCUGAGAGCCAAAGAAAUCCCCAGCGUCUUCCCUUCCACGUUUAAGCCAUAGCCCUGGUCUAUCGUCGUUCACUCUAAAAUCACACUUCUUUAGAAAAGGGUUAAAAAAACUCUUAUUACUUGAAAAGGAACCAGGUCUCUUUUGCUCCUUUUGCCUUUCUGGCGUUUGAGGUAGUAGGAGGUUCAUUUUUGUAAAACAUGUCCCCCCCCUCAACCUCCCUCUUUCAGAUUCUAACUGGACUUGCCCACUGUUAACUGAAUUCUUUUAGUUUCCUAUUUUAUAUGCUCACUGUGGCUGAUUACUUAGUACACUAAUAUCAAUCGUAGUAGACGUGUCUAACUAGAAAGCAUGUUUCAAAUAGCUGGUUUCUAUUACAAACCUUAUUCUAUACUAUAUAUUUACUCAGAAUUUAUUUUUUAUCUGUAACAUUUUAGAAAUACUCACUGCUGGUACAGUUGUACUCAAUAUAUUUUUUUGUAUCUGAUUUCCAUUACUCUAUGUAGGUGUAUAUCUUUGCACCAUCUACAAAUCACAGCCUCUGGAAAGGCUGAAUGCAGUUUAAAGGGCCGUAUUGCUUCUUAGUCUGCGGACCUGGACGUUCUCGCUUUCUACAUGGCCGAAUACAGUCUGACCUUCGGUAGCAGUCGAUUAGCGGUGGUUUAUUUAUUCGGAAGGCGUCGAUUGUUUUCAUGUUGGCUUUUGGCAAAACAGAAUUCUAACUUGAUUUUAUUUCUUCCGUAACGAGAACAACGGCUUGUUUCUCUGCUGCUUCAAUGACGGAGCAGUUGAUCUCACAAAUAACAUUGAAACUCACCUGAAAUACGGGUGUCCUCAUUUCACGAAUAGGCGUCAACAUUCCACUGCGAUUGUCUGACACUUGGCGGUCACUUGGGUUGAGUUCAGCGAGCACUACGAGUGCGUUGGUCCUGUGUUUUUUUUAAACGAGGUGAUGUCAUGGUGCGAGCUGCCUAAAUGGUCCUUCUGGUUACGGAGAAAAGGGUUAGCGGGCUACAAAGUUUGUGCAGUUGAGUCCUGCUCAAAUUCAUUUCUCGCCCUUCUGACAGGUCACGCUACAAUAAGUAGAGGCUACGUGUCAUCACUGAUUGAGAUGUGGUAUUGAAUAUUGAGAUUUUUUUUUCUGUCGACUAACGGUCCACGAGAGCCUACAUUUGUAUUAAUAUCCUACAGUCUUUAAAUUGUUACAUGCACCGUUGUGUCUUUAGAUUUGACUCCUUUACUGACUAUCAUUGCGCCGCGCGGAAUGAAGAUAGAUCCUUUGUUUCUAUUCAGAAUAGUUUGCUCGUAUGCAGCAUGGAUGCUCAUUAUCGUCAAACCAUUUUAUUUUUGUUAAUCUUUCUAAAACUUUGGUAUUUUCCCACAGUUGUCAGAUGAUGUAUAAGUGCAGGAACACAUGUGUCUUUUGAUCAAAGACGUUCUCGGUGCAGCGUCAAAGACUUCUGUACUAACGGUUUAAAGAGUCUCUUUAGUUUUGUUUAGUGUGAACUUUAGUGGAUUUUAGGGAUUAUCGUGGAAUCUGCUCGUUUGACACAAGCAGAUUCGUCAGUGAUGUGUUUGAGGUAUUAGUCUAUCGUUAUUUAAUUGCUAUAUUUAGGCUACUUGUUUCUCAAGGACUGUUUUUCAGAAAGGUCCUGCUUCAGGUGUCAUUCACGUAGAGAAAAAGUGUUCACUUUUGUCCUUAUUUCUCUGGAAGACAAUGCCACUGUUUUGUACUCAAUUUCUUCCAAAUAAAUGAAACGCCUUUCA